GUAUCCGCAAAAUACUAUACCUCAACCCCAAAAAAAAAAAAAAAAGGAAAAACCAAAUUGUUAUAGGAAUCAAUCUUCUCUCUUUAAUCUAAGUUGUAUAAACCCAAAUCAAAAAGAUCNUUUUUUUUUUUUUUUUUGCUGUUUUGAGUGUCGGGUUCGGUGAAAUCUGUAAACUUUCUCCGGCGUGCGUUUCGAAUUUUACCAAAAAUUGGGGAAUCAGGUGAUCGGCAUCACGGCUAUACACGGGAUAUCUCCGGGUGUUAGCUUUCAUGUCCGUAUAGUUCGACGUAAGGGUUGUUUAAUCGAAACUAAUCCUUUGCCGCACGGGGGACGUGGAGCUCUGCCGUCUGAAGGCGGCAGCCCUUCUGAUCUCCUCUUUCUUGCCGGAGGCGGUUCCACUUUCAUCUACCAUCUUAUUAGCUUCUAGGUUUUAGGUUUGUUUUAGAGAGUCCUUUUUUUUUUUUUGGUUCUAUCGAUUUAUCUUGUGGGGUUAGAAGGAAUUGAGAAUGUUGAAAAUUAAGAGAGUUCCGACCGUCGUAUCGAACUACCAGAAGGAUGAGGCGGCUGAUGAAUCCGUCGGCUGUGGACGGAAUUGCCUCGGCGCAUGUUGCAUUAAUGGGGCUAGGCUUCCUCUGUAUGCCUGUAAGAAUCUGGAAAAAUCCAGAGAGAAGAUUGUGGUCAGCCAUGAAGCUGAAGAGCCUCCUGUGGCUUUUCUUGAGUCUCUCGUUCUCGGAGAGUGGGAGGAUAGGUUCCAAAGAGGACUUUUCCGCUAUGAUGUCACUGCAUGCGAAACCAAAGUUAUCCCGGGGAAGUAUGGUUUCGUUGCUCAGCUAAACGAGGGUCGUCACCUAAAGAAGAGGCCAACCGAGUUCCGUGUGGAUAAGGUUUUGCAGUCUUUUGAUGGCAGCAAAUUCAACUUCACUAAAGUUGGUCAAGAAGAGCUGCUCUUCCAGUUUGAAGCUGGCGAAGAUGGCCAAGUUCAGUUCUUCCCCUGCAUGCCUCUUGAUCCAGAGAAUUCUUUCAGUGUUGUUGCCAUCAAUGUUAGCCCGAUCGAGUAUGGGCAUGUGCUGCUGAUUCCUCGUGUUCUUGACUGCCUGCCACAGAGGAUCGAUCACAAAAGCCUUUUGCUUGCAGUUCACAUGGCUGCUGAGGCCGCGAAUCCUUACUUCAGACUUGGUUACAACAGCCUGGGUGCUUUUGCCACUAUCAACCAUCUUCACUUUCAGGCAUAUUACCUGGCCAUGCCUUUCCCACUUGAGCGAGCUCCUACCAAGAAGAUGGUUACCACUGUUAGUGGUGUGAAAAUCUCAGAGCUUCUGAAUUACCCUGUGAGAAGUCUUCUCUUUGAAGGUGGAAGCUCUAUGCAAGACCUAUCUGAUACUGUAUCAGAUGCCUGCGUUUGCCUCCAGAACGACAACAUACCUUUCAACAUCCUCAUCGCUGAUUGUGGAAGGCAGAUCUUCGUGAUGCCACAGUGUUACGCAGAGAAACAGGCUCUAGGUGAAGUAAGCCCCGAGGUAUUGGAAACGCAAGUGAACCCAGCCGUGUGGGAGAUAAGUGGUCAUAUGGUGCUGAAGAGGAAAGAGGAUUACGAAGGAGCUUCAGAGGAGAAUGCUUGGAGGCUCCUUGCAGAAGCUUCUCUGUCAGAGGAAAGGUUUAAGGAGGUUAACACUCUCAUCUUUGAAGCCAUCGGUUGUAGUGACCAGGAGGAGGAUCUUGAAGGAACCAUAGUUCACCUGCAAAUCCCUAAUGGUGGUGUUGUUAACCAGAAAAGCAAUCGUAUCCAUGGAGGUCCUAUCACAAACGGGACUACCUCUGAGUGCAUUGUCCUUCAGUGAACAAUAUCGUGACUUGGUGGUCUGUAUGUAUAAUUAGAAGCCUAAAUAAGCAAACUCUCUUGCUAGUUGCAUUUGAAGCUUCUUGGUGUUUUAAUGAUGGUUGUGGGUAUUUUGUGCCUAGAAUUGCUCUGUUUUUUUUUUAGUGUUGUUAUAAGUUCGUGUUUAUGAUGAAUAUAUAUGUUCUUCUCCAU